GGGGGGCUCCGCUAUGGAGGCAAAUGGGAGCCCAGGCACCUCGGGCAGCGCCAACGACUCCCAGCACGACCCCGGUAAAAUGUUUAUCGGUGGACUGAGCUGGCAGACCUCACCAGAUAGCCUUAGAGACUAUUUUAGCAAAUUUGGAGAAAUUAGAGAAUGUAUGGUCAUGAGAGAUCCCACAACGAAACGCUCCAGAGGCUUCGGUUUCGUCACCUUCGCAGACCCAGCAAGUGUAGAUAAAGUAUUAGGUCAGCCCCACCAUGAGUUAGAUUCCAAGACGAUUGACCCAAAAGUUGCAUUUCCUCGUCGAGCGCAACCUAAGAUGGUCACAAGAACAAAGAAAAUCUUCGUAGGAGGAUUGUCUGCGAACACAGUAGUGGAAGAUGUAAAGCAGUAUUUCGAGCAGUUUGGCAAGGUAGAGGAUGCAAUGCUGAUGUUCGACAAAACCACCAACAGGCACAGAGGGUUUGGCUUUGUUACCUUUGAGAAUGAAGACGUUGUGGAGAAAGUCUGUGAGAUUCAUUUCCAUGAAAUCAAUAAUAAAAUGGUAGAAUGUAAGAAAGCUCAGCCGAAAGAAGUCAUGUUCCCACCUGGGACAAGAGGCCGGGCCCGGGGGCUGCCAUACACCAUGGAUGCGUUCAUGCUUGGCAUGGGGAUGCUGGGCUACCCCAACUUUGUGGCAACCUAUGGCAGAGGCUACCCCGGAUUUGCUCCUAGCUAUGGCUACCAGUUCCCAGCCCUAUUACCAUAUUUAAAUGCAAGCUUCCCGGCGGCGGCGUAUGGACCAGUGGCAGCGGCGGCUGUGGCGGCGGCUCGAGGAUCAGUCCUGAAUAGCUACAGUGCUCAACCGAAUUUUGGCGCGCCCGCUUCCCCGGCAGGCUCCAACCCGGCGCGGCCCGGAGGCUUCCCGGGGGCCAACAGCCCAGGACCUGUCGCCGAUCUCUACGGCCCUGCCAGCCAGGACUCCGGAGUGGGGAAUUACAUAAGCGCAGCCAGCCCACAGCCGGGCUCAGGCUUCGGCCACGGCAUAGCUGGACCUUUGAUUGCAACGGCCUUUACAAAUGGAUACCACUGAGCAGGCGCUUCCAUUGCCGUCUCACUAUGAGAGCAUACCUGGAUGUCCAGGCAAGACUGGGCGAAGUUUCUGAGUGGCCCUUUGUUUAGGUGACGUCCUCAGACCUGGACCCCCACCAGCCUCACUCCUCAUCCCAACCAGAGGUGGCACACUUGGAUUGAGGGUUGACACAUCUCAUCUCACCCAUCGGCUACCUGCUGUAAUAUAAGACAACAGCUUUUAAACGUGUAUAUAAUCCAUGAUUUUGGUUUGGUUCUGUUUGUUUUCCUUGGUGGUCCCUCUCCCUGUCCCUCUCCCUUCUCCUUUUAAAUCUCCCUCACUCACAUUUGGUAGUGAUUUUUGACUUAGUCUGGUAGUCACCCAGCUUAAUAUCUAGUUAAAAGCUAACCAUAGUAUACUUGUUAUAUAUUAAGGAGUUUUUUCUUUCUUUUGUUUUCUUUUUUUCCUUUAAAGAGAAUUUUUGUUUUGUUUUGACUCUGUUCUUGCUUUGAAAGGAUGCUGAGAUGGUGAGGUUACUCUCCAUUUUUGGUACCAAUUCUGAGACUGUAAGACUUUUCACCUGGGACUUUAGCACACACUGAAUCGAAGUUGUGAUACGCGGAGCGGGAGGUGGGCAUAGAUUCUAUUUUGUGUUGUAGAAGUGACAUACAGUUGGCUGCUUAACAGACUCUCUAGCAGUUCAUUUUUGUGACGUCUCUUUGUUAACCUAAGUAUAUCUAUUUUCGGCAAUAAGGUAAGGACGGCCGUGUUUUGAGGGUCCUCCUUUUCUAUGAGUGCUUUUUCUUUUCUUCUGUUCAAAGAGGUCAUAUUAUAAGGUUUUUUGAAAUUGUGAAUUCUAAAAAACAAAAAACAAACAAAAAAAUGUUGUAAAUAUAAUUCCAUUAACUACAUAGAAACUAUUAAGGAAGAGAGAAUCAAAGCUAUUUUUGUGAGGGAGUUGCUCCCAGGCAGUUAGGUACCCUGGAAGGAGGGGGGGAACCUCGAUGAAGCCGGUACUACAACAGAAGAGCCCCCAGCUGCCAGGGCACCCCGGACCCCCACUCUUCACUGUUGGUGUGAUAGACCUAAGAACCACAUUAGCACCCUACCAGCCUACCAGCCUCUCUGUGCACAGCUUCAAAUGUUAUGAUCUAGCUAGAUUUUUAUUUAAAAUAUGAAAAACUGCUUUUCCCAAGAUGUUUUUUAAAAGGAAAAAAAAGCUACAAUUUUAAUAUUUGACAUAUUUAAAGUUUCAAAGCACACUUGAUUUGGCUUAGGGGAGGGGCAGGGUGGGGUCAUUCUUUUUCAGUCUUAAUUUUUAAAUAUCUGAUCAUUUUAUAUUGUCCGAUCAUUUCAGCACCUCCAAAGGGUCCUAGGAUACUCUGCCUCUCUCUUCACCCUGUCCUCCACCCUGCUCCCAAAUGGGGGAACCCAUGGGUCAGGCGUGGAUAAGCCUGCGUGAAUACGCCCUUUCUCCAUUCACUUUCUAUUUACAAAUUAGGAAAGCAAUCUUUCAGUUUAUAUAUAUAUAUUUUUUUUUUCCUUUUUGAUACCUCAGUGCUGCAAGUAUCAUCAGAGAGGCUAUGGAAGAGUUUUGUGUUUGUUUUUUUUUAAUUUAUUGUAGAUGUAAACAGAAUUUUAAAAAUAAAAUAUAAACAUCACUGCACUGUGACUGGUGGGGAAAACUGACAGCUUCCUGUUUGUACACAUUUGACAUUGGCUGUGAUAAUAUAUGGUCCUCAGUUGGGGAAGACACGUAGGAUGAAGGAUAUUUUUUAAUUUAACUUUUUUUUUUUUUAAAGAAAAAUAUCAGUAAUAGGUCGGCAACAGCAACCGUGGGAAGUACAACUAAGUAGGUAGCAUUAAAGCAUACUGUAGUGUGGAUAGAUAUUUUUUUUUCUUUUUUAAAAUGUGAUAUUGACAUUUUAUUAAUAUUUUUUAAAUUGUUACGUUUAUAAAUUUGGUACUUAAGGCACAGCCAGUGUGAGGCACUGAAUGCGACAUUUAUUACAAUGAACUGCUGCACUCCUACUUUUAUAAAUUUUACUAACAAGUAGACUAACAUAGACAUUCACAGACGUGACAGCGCAGAAGCAUCUUCAAAUGAAAAGUCUCCAAAAGAGCUAUUUCAGAGAGGGCGGGAGGAAGCCCGCGCCUGUCCUAAUCAAGUGCAACCUUAUUUUAUUAUUUUAUUUUUUAAGAAAGGAAAUCAUGUUCUUUAUAUAUAUAAUGUUUUAUAUAUAUAUAUAAAAUGCAGAGUUGUUUGGUAAGGUUUGGGGUGGUUUUUUGCUUUGUUUUGUUUUAAGUUUCCAAACAACCAAACUAAGAAAAAUGCUGGAUGCUUUUAAAAUACAAAACUUAGUCAAGUCAUAAAAUAACAAAGUAGAACUUUUACUUUAAGAAACAACAACAGAGAGAGAGAGAGAGAGAGAGACUCGAUUCCUGGCAUUUCAGUGUCUCGCAAGGGGAUUAGUCAAUUACUCUUCUGUCCACGUUGCUGAUGUCCUGUCCCCAGCCCCUGUCCAUCUCCCCCACACUCCCAUCACCUCAUAGAACGCUCUUUGUUGAUCAUUGUCUGUUAAUAAUGUAUAAAAUGGCUAUCUUGUAAGUGUGCUGUCUUGGUACUAGUGUAGUGACUUUUUUUCCUCCUCUUCUAGUACAUAUUGAUAGGUAUAACGUAAUUAAGGUUUUUAAAAAAAAAUAGACAUAGUUAUUCAGAUUUAGGACCAGUAAGGAUAGAACUUUCUCUUAUUUAUGAAAAGAAAAAAAAUGCUAAUAAUUUGGGGGCAGUUUUUUCCUUUAUUAUUUUUUUUCCAAGUUCAAAUUUACUUUUAUUUUUGCUGAUUUGAUGUGGUUUCAACUAACCCAAGGUCUCACAAUGUUCAAAUGGCGGCUGACUCUAUGGCGUUCUGUAGGUCCCUGCCCCCGUAAGCUGAAGGGGUGUGCCAUACUACCUUAAAUGCAAACACUAGAUAUGCAAAACUGGAUUUUUUUAAUUUAUUUUUUAAAAGAGGGAGGCGUGGUAUAUUAAAAUGAUUUUACUAAGAGAAAAAAAUAUUUUUUUAAGGAUGCUCAGAAGAAAUUGAUAAUCUGUGUGAAUAUGUUUUAGAUGUUUAUAUACAUUUUGAAGAGACCCAGUAGCCCAUAGCACAAAUCUUGUGAACAUCUAAUAUGUUUUCAAGUGGCUACCUAGGUUAAGGUUCAUCAUUAGCACCCCCCACCCCACCGCCAUCUAGAAGUCCAUCUUAAACAAUUUUUUGUAAAUUCUUUCAGCACUGGUGUCCAUCUUUGUCUUAGUUUCAGUUAAGCUCAAUAGCGAACGUGGGACCCCUCCUCUCACCUUCCCUGGGGGAGAAACCCUCUUGGCUAAUGGCUGUUCCCUGGCAUUACCAAUAACCACCAGGGGACUCUCUGGCUUCCAGAUCCAUCUGCCUGAGACCCCAAGGGCCUCUCCUCCCAAGAGGGGAGAUGGAGCAGCAGUUGACUCCUGGUCCCCUCCCUACUUCAGCCUGGAUGUGGGACUGGUGGAGAUGCCGGAGCCUGGGUCUCCGCCCCAGGAGCCUCUGCAUGUGUGGUUCGUGGCCUUCUUCUCACCCAUUGGGAAAACCAAACAGCCUCACACGCUGUCCCCAUCGCUCAUUGACUUGACUCAAGUGAGACCCCAACUGGGCCUUUGCGUUUUGUUUUGUUUUCUUUUUGAAUCCUUCAUGACCAUUCUCUUAAUUUGAACUCGUAGCUCGGGCUUUAAGGUAGCAUGGCUCGAUUGCUGUCGACUUAACGUUCCACUGCACAGCAAUUCACAGCCAGUGAAUGUUACACACAUCUUGCUAGACUAGUAUAAAAAUCAUUGGGUAAUUGUUGGUUCUAAUGACCUGAAAGGUGUUCAGUUUGUGUUUUUUUUUUUUGGGGGGGGGUGUGUGCUUGGGGGUUGUUUUUCUUUUUCUUUUUUUUUUUUAAUUUGAGAAUUUAGGGGUUUGUUUUUUUGUUUUUUGGGAUUUUUUUUUUGUUUGUUUUUGGUUCCAAAUAAAAAAAUAGAAAGUUAUUUUGAUCUUUAGUGCAAACUAAGGCUAGGGACGUAGCCUCCAUCACCACAACCACACCGCUUCACUCUGCCAUCCACCCACUGCAGCAGCAUCUUCAAGAAUAAAGCAAUAUAGUUUACUACAUUUUUUUUUUUAAAAUUGAAGGUCAGCCAUGCUUUCUGUGUUAUAUUGCAUAUGAACUUGUUUACAAAAGAAACACUAACUCAUACUUCUCUUUAUCAGUUGAAAGUGACACACGGGACAGAGGGAAAUUGGAGGGCAGGUGAGGGAGGGGAGAGGGGUUUUUUGUUUGUUUGUUUGGGUUUUUUUGUUUGUUUGUUUUUUGUUUUGGUUUUGGGUUUUUUUGUUUUUUUUUCUUGAAUGUGCUUUAGUAGCCAGAUCCUCCAAGAAAGGCAAAAGUCAGCCAGCCAGCCAGAGAGAGUAGCGAAGCGGGCAGGCUGCAGUAAGCAUGCUCUACAAGAGACACACUGGCAAGGACCCCCCUUCUCCCCAGUGAGAGCAGAUAGCCAACAGCUCAGCCCAGUCCUGGGUACAGACACUACAUAAGGCAAUGCUGGAAUUGAAGCAAUACUCUAAUACCGUUCAAGUUUGUUUCCUUUUUUUUUUUCUCUUCUUUUUUUUCUUUCACCAAAAAAAGAAAAAAGUAAACUAAAGUACAAAAACAAACAAAAAAAAACAUAUAAAUAAACCCCACCGCUCUCUGGGAAACAACCAUAGUUCAAACAUGGCUAUUUAGUAAUCAGAAGGUGUUGUCUCAGACAGGAUUUCAUUUCUGGGAGGCAGGGCGUGAGGGGGGAGGGGAGCGGGACUGAGAGACAGUUCCGGAGCCUCCGGGGAAGGUUUCUGCUUCUGCUGCUGACUGCUGUAUUCUGUAUAUACUGUGCCACCCUGUGUGGAGUCUGUGAGUGUGCUCUUGAGUAGCGUGGGCUAGCCAAUCUGCCAUUCAUGGUGUUAUAAACUCGGAAUUCCAUAUGUAAUAGGAUGUAAGUCUAGGCGUUUCACGUGGACAUAAAUGUAUCUAAAUAAAACUUCCCCAGCACUGUGGCUGACCUCACCCUUACUUUUAUACUUUAGUAUGAAACUGAUGAGAACUUUGGUAGUGAGUAUUUUUUUUAUAUAUAUACAUAUAUAUGUAUCUAUAUAUAUAUAUAUAUCUCAAGCAUCUUUCAGGUCUUUGUGUGUGGCUUUCUUAAAGCCCUGUUGUAAAAAAAAAAAAAAAAA